AGAGCAGAUGCAGAUACACCAGUAAAUACAACUGAUACCCGAGCAGCACAUUCUCGCGCAUAGAUACUUAAACGUACAUACUCACACUCUUUUCCUGCUUACACUCACAAAAAGAUGUUGUCGGGCCCGAUUUUUUUCAAAAAGUAUCUGUCUGCAAAAAGAUGGUGGAGUCGCCAACUCCAUCGGCAGAUUCGAAGAGCACUACUGGGCGGGUCUUCGCAUCAUGGUUCACCCUCGCUGUGCGCUGACGCCGGCGGUAGCGCCUCACAGGUAAUGGCAUCUCACGAACGCCAGGUGCGGAUGUAUCACAGCCUCGCGGACGAGAAUCCAGCAGAUUGCCUCGCGGGUUUGAGAUCACAUACAGUGCCAGCCUCAGCGCUCUCUAGAGGGUUGACCGGCGUAGGAACCGUUGCAGGCAGGAGCACAGCGUCCUCCUCCAGGUCAACAUCAUCAUCAUCAUCAUCAUCAUGCCCGAGUGACGUCGUUCAUAAAACCGGGAAGACGAUGAGUCGUCAAAAUCCACCAGCACGACAAGACCACGACCGCUACGAAAAUCCCGAUCCGCAAGAAGCCGGGAUCACGGGCACGGCCUUGACGAUUGGAGUCGUGUCCGCGUUGUGUUACGCGGUCGCGUCCGUGGUGUCCUUUUCAUCAUCUUCGUCCUCCUCGAAGAGUGCAAAAAGGUCAAGUUCCGCAGGGGACGAUCGCAGCGCCAGAGGCGGAAAAAAUACCGAAGUUCCCGCAGACAGCACGUCGCCCAGAAUAUCGCCACUGCCGCUUGCCAAUCCGGAGGACGACCCUGAGAACUACGACUUCGUUGCCAAAGGCAGCAUGCAUUUUGUCUACCGCCUGAAGCAGGAUAUUAAAGGUCGUGACGCAACCUCCUCCAACACCGUGCUUCGCGUCCGGAAGAACAGUCAGCAACAAGCGUUUUACGACGAGGAAUUUCGACGGAGGGUUGUCAGAUCGCUCUUCCCCGAUUGCAACGUGCAGGUGCCGGAGAUUGUAUUAGCUUCGCCCGAGUUUCUGACCAGACUGGUCGAGCGAACGAGGGCGGCAGACAGUGCUACCUUCUCAGUAGAAGAUGGAACUACAGCCAAGUCUUCUACAAACUCGGGCAGCUUGGCGUCAUCUUCUUCAUCCAAGAACGGAGAUGAUCUCAUCCCGGUUUCUAAGCUCCGCGACGCAACCAGAACGUCCGCGUUAAGGAACACAAAAUCUACUUCCGUGCUCACGAUCGAGAUCAAGCCCAAGUGCGGGUUGCAGGAGAUCGAGACGCUGCCGACGCGGUUCGAGAUGCUGCAGUACCAGAAACUGCGGAACGGGGAAAUCAGCCGAAUCACGAGAUAUAAUCCCGUCCAGAUGUUCAAACCCAGGACGGCGGCCCGGGCGUUGCAAAACCUUUUCGACGAACCCCAGAAUUUUCUGAAGGUGUUUCUCGACGGAAAAUUGCUGUUCGGGGAGGAGCUGUUGCGAGGUAGUCCGACCGACAAUACCGAAUUAGAUUCGAAUCUUCACGACAAUCUGAUCGUGGAUUUAGCCCGGGAAGCGGGGAAGGCUUUGAAAAUAUCGGGUGCGGGUGAAGGAUCUACUGCUAGCGGACUUCCAUCCGCGAAAUCAGAGUUCCUUCUUGACCUCGUCCAGCAGGUCGUACAAGCGGACCCCGCUUGGCAACGCAUCCUCCACGUGCAGGCGUUCGCGGCCGGGCGAACCGCCGAAUACGCCAACGAAUUGCUCUAUGGAUGUGUUAGGAUCGAAAUCGUCAAAGUUGAAAUAGUUUGCCAUGCAUAAAAAUGCAACGCAAAGAUUGUCUCUAUUGCAGAGGACGCAAGGGAGACAGAUUGUAAGCCUUUUGAGAGGUAGAAAAAGAGCUGCUAAAGUAGCAUGACAAAAGGAAAAGGCGCCGCCCUUACCCAAACAGCAUGACAAACUGGAUUUAGGUUCUAAGUUGUGCCCAAGUUUGUCAUGCGCCACUUAGAAACUGGGCUUUCAACUGGCAUCCAUUUCAUGCAUGGCAAAUUAUUUCGACUUUGUCGAUUUCGAACCUGACAGAUCCAUAUACUCGAGCACUUGCAGCGGACGAAGACAAGCACGAGGAACAUGAUUCUUUCUGUCGACGACUACGCGGCUGCUUUACAAGCGUCCUAUCCUGAGUAAAAACGUACCCACGCCAGAGUUGUAAUGCAGAUUUGCAAAGACAGGAAGACUUGUAAUGCGCAUCCCCUGGAGAGCCAUUUCCAGUCGUGUUUUGGAAUUUGUGAUGCUUUGAACAGGAUGAGCAGCUGGAUUUGUGAUGCGGCUGCACUUGCUAACCUGCGCUACACUUUAGAGUGCAACUUGUCAUGCGUGACUCACAAAACUCCUAGGUUUGUGUUGCAAAAUCCCCAUCCUGACUCUGGUGUGGGUACGUUUUUACUCAGGAUGCGUCCAAAUUUCGUCCCUUUCUGCCCGACGAGAGCGGGAUGCGGCUCAGCGAGCGCGAGGGGCGAAAACUCGUGGAGCAGACGAAGAGGAGCGAAUUUUUACCGGGGGAAAGGCAGUUUUCGCAGGCCUCGCAAACGGAUUUGGAGAAACAGAUCGUGGCGUACAUUUGCAGGUAUAAUAUGACUGUUGGUGUUGCUUCUUGUUGUAAAUGGUACUGAAUUUUUCAUUUAGCAUGACUUUCGUAUAAAACUGCAACGGGUCGCUGUGAACAUACAAAGCGGCAUGAAGAUGAUGCUAUUCCAAUUUUCUCCUCGCCCAUACCAGGUUCCUGCUCGGCCGCAUGGCCAUGGAUUUGAGCGUGAUGAUGAAUUUCGUACACGCCGACGUGGAAAAUCUGGAGCCUCUGCGCAAAGCGGGUUUCCGCCCGUUGCGCGGACAGAUCUGGUACCGGCUGACUCUGGUCGAUACGGAUUCUAAGCCGUUGGACCGGUUACCAACGUAUUCCAGGCAGCUGGCGGAGUACGAGAGACUCUGGAAAGGGAUGCCGGGUGGCGGAUAGGAGUGAGAAAGUGGAUUGCUGUGGCGCUGGUCUACUUGAUGCUGCGAGGAGGAGCUGACAAGUUCAAUGAAGCGCAUUUUUUGCGAUGGUGAGAGUGAUCAAGAAAACACCUACUUCAAGUGAACAGUACUUCGAAUCCGCAUGCUAGCGCAACAAGCCACUUUUUUGUUGGAUGUGAUGUCCCCAUGCAAAUCACGAGUCUUGAAGUUUC